GAUCCCAACAGCAUCAGUCAUCUCUCUGAGCUUCCCCCAAAAACAACCAACCAAAAAAUGUUCAAAUUCGUUGCCAUCGUUGCCCUGCUGGUCGCCUCUGUGAGCGCUGGCCUCAUCGAGACCCACCAUGUGGUGCAUGAGCCCGUCCUGGCAAAGGUUGGAACCGUGGUGCACUCCGCACCUUCCGCUGUCUCCCACCAGAGCAUCACCCAGGUGCACAGCAAGUCCUACAUCCAGCCCGUGGUUGCUCCCGUCCUGAAGACCACCAUCCACUCCUCUCCCGCCGUGGCUGUCCAUGCUGCUCCCGUCGUACACUCCGUGCCCCUUGUCCACCACGCUGCUCCUGUCGUCCACACCGUUCACUCGGCUCCUCUGGUCCACUCGGUGCCUGUGCUGCACUCUGCUCCUCUGCUCAAGUCUGUGGUGCACCACUCUGCUCCCCUGGCCUACACCCUGCACCACUAAGGAAGGACCUUCUACAGCUGCCACCAGAGUAUCUUCAUUGUGAUAGAAUUUUAAUGGUUUUUAGUUUGAAUAAAUGUUUUUCGUUUCACCCAUAACAAGUUAA